GGCGGGGUCUAGUCCCCGCGCGGGAAGAUGGCGGUCGGUGGCGUUAUUGAGAUCUAUGGGCGGCUGAAGGAACUGGGCUGCCCUGCACUAGAGGGGGUAUACCUGUCAGAUGCUGAAGACAUACAGAAAUUGCUAUUCAGCCCUUCAUCCCAUCGCUUGGACAUACUGGAAUGGAUCUGUGUCAGUGUGUACCCACCUCUUCGAGAGCAGUUUUCAUCUUUCAAUAAGGAAUCACAAUCAGGUUUAAAGAUAAAAGGAAUGGCGAAGCUGGGGUCUGAGCUGAUGCUUUGUCAAGCUGAUGAUUUGGAUCUCAUCAAGGGAAAGGCCUCUGUUAAGAAGCAGCUCCACUUCCUGCAACAGCUGGUGGCUGUCAUUCCAGCUCAAACUAACUUUAUGCUAUUAGACUCUAUAUCAGACUCCGGUAGUUAUUCCAGCACAGAGGAAUCUUUCCAAGAAAUAGCUAGGAAGAACGAAGAAUUCAUAAAGCAGGUUUUCUCUAGCCCUGACCUGCAGGCAGUGCUGAAUCCAGAGUGUCACCCCUGGAACUCAGAUAUAAAGGCCCUCCUUUUGGGUGGAGAAGGACAACAGAAAAGGGCCCUGCGGUCAAUGACUUCUCAUGAGCAAACUCUCUUGGAGGCAUCAGAGGAGCUGGAGAAGACAGCAGCAGCCUUGGAAAAUCUAAGAGCCCAGUGUUCCUUCCUCCAGGGGAAUCCUGCUGGUGCCGAUCCAUCCAACAACACUGCCACGGCUCUUCAGUCCCUCAAGCUGAUAGUUUCUGACUACAGCCAGCUGCUCACGGCCUUUGAACAAGUAUAUGAGAAUGAGCUGCAGAAGCAUUGUGAACGUCCUGCUCCUAAACUGAGUCCUUGUGACCUCCUCUUCCAAGCUGUGCACCACAGUCUGCUGCUGUGUAUGCAGGAGCUGCAAGGCCUGGCCCAGGUUACAGAAACCUCAGAACGCAUUAUGGCGACGGUGCAACGGCGGCAUGAAGAGAAAGUGUUCUGGAAUGGAAGCACUAUAGCCACAUUACCCUCAAAGCUUGAAGAACUGCAGCAGAAAUACAAAACCAUCCAUGCCACCCUCAAAGAUCCUCAGAGUUCCUAAAAAUGAAAGGACUGCAAAUUGUAGGUUAUUUUUGGAUGAAGGGAAAAUGUGUCUUCCUGGGAUGUAAAUGAGAAGCUGGUAUUUUUUUCCCCUUCAAAUGUUAAUAUAUUUUCUAAAGUCUUCUUUGAAAAUUAAAAAAAAUAA